CAGCACGCUAUAGACGCUAUCUGAAAACAAAAGAAAGCCAUGUCUAUUGGAAAGAGGUACCACCUGUGGAAGGCCAAGCUGCUGUGGUCUGGCCACGGCUGGUGCAAUGUCAUGACCCUCGGACUGAUCAUGGUUGCACUACUGUUUAUGUUUAUCGGGCUCCCAAUCCUUGGCCACUACAACUGGGGCCGCAAGCACAAGAGCGCAGGCCCCGGAGAUUCAGAUAUCCGACUACGACCUGAACGUGAACGCAUACGCAAAGAGGUACUCAUCGGUUGGUCCAGCCGCUGGUUCCUGAGAAACUGCCCGUCGACCCUGAUUCGGAUCCUAACCUGGAAUGGGAAGUCUGCGGAUGGCAAGAUGUGGAAGCUCGUAUUCAGCGACGAGUUCAACGAGGAAGGUCGGAAAUUUGGUCCCAACGAGGACCCGACAUGGGAAGCCGUGGAUCCUCUGUGGUAUGACCCGUACCAUGCAACGACGGAGAAGGGCAAGCUGGUGAUCACGCUGGAGAAGAAGAUGACCCACGAGGGCCUUCCGUUACACCUCCGGUGCUUCCAAGGUGGCUAUCUCGAGGCUAAGGUAUCAAUGCCUGCAGACGGCACAAAAUCGGGGUACUGGCCUGCUAUCUGGACCCUGGGCAACCUGGGCCGUGCCGGCUAUGGCGCUACCACCGACGGAAUGUGGCCGUACACGUACGACACUUGCGAUGAAGGUGUGAUGCUGAACCAGACUAACUCGGCGCUGUCAAUGCUCCCUGGCCAGCGGCUUAACGCAUGCGUGUGCAGCGCUUGGAAUGGGACCGACAAGGACACUAUAGGCAGGUCACGCUACAACUCGUACUUUGGCGGAACAUUCCAGCAGAGUGUCUCUUCAUUGCACUAUGUGGAUCCUGCCGCAAGUAACGGUAUUAAGUACUCGACCUACGGCUUCGAGUAUCGCCCAGGUAAGCAUGGCUAUAUCAGGUGGUAUGUUGACGGUCGAGCCCGUCUCAGCAAGGUUAGCCAGCGCAUCAUUGCCGAGGAGCCCAUGUACAUUAUCAUGAACCUGGGUAUCUCUAGCGGCUUCGCUUACAUUGCCGAUGAUCUGAAGUUCCCGGCGAAAAUGCAUGUCGACUACAUUCGGCUGUUCCAAGACCCGGAUGACAUUCGCCUUUCGUGCGAUCCGCCUGACAUGCCUACCGGCAAGUACAUCCAGAACCACCCGCGUGCCUACUACAACGCCAACCUGACCAGAUGGAAGCAGACCGGCAACAAGUGCUCCAACAAGCACUCGAGUCCGUUCGACAAGUACAGCUACGUGGACUUCCCGUCCAACUAA